AUGGGUGCGGGUAAGCUGGCGCCGGACACGAAUGAAUUUGCUCAUUUUACCACCUUCCCUAUGGCCAUCGCACCCCAUUUUGGCCGCGUGCUAAUGCGGUCAGUCUUCCUGAUGUGGCGCCAACGCAAACGCUUGCAGGACGCACAGAGGAAACAGGAUCAUCAGACUCUUCAACUACUGGAAGGAGCUGCCUCCAAUGGGGGCGAUGACGGUCAUGAGAUAUUUCAAGUAGUUGAGAUGGGUGCAGGCAGCGGUCAGCUAGGCAAAGACAUCCGCGAUUGCGUUGUGGAAAACUGCCUUGGGUUGUCUCCGGAACUAAACAAGGCGUGGCAGAGCGCGUUUCGGUACACCAUUCUAGAACGCUCUCCGGCUCUGGCCACUCGGCAGCGCGAACGAGGACUAGAGGUCAUUGUGAGCGACGCGCAGACGGUGAAGGCAUGUGACGUACUGAAGUCGAAGGCCGCUCGCUCUGAUUUCCACGCUGAUGUGGUGAUCAGCAACGAACUCAUAGACGCCUUUGCUCCGGUAAAACUGAAACUCUCAGUAUUCGACCUCGACAACGUGGACCCAGGAAAAUGCUCAUCGUGGACCGAGAUGAAAUUACUUUAUGGCUGCAGCUGACGUCCGAGAUGUAUCUUCUGAAUAGAAGUAACUUGUAACUAGUACUUGAGUAGAAGUAGAUUGCUUGAUCAACAAUACCAAUAGCAUCAGUCACAAAUGAAUAAAGGAAAAAUUGAUGUGCAGCUGCACGUUAAUGCUGUGGUACCAUCAAGUCCAAGUCCGUGUCCGGACAAUUUUUCUUAAAAGUAGCUCCUCCUUCAUACUCCGCACCUGAUUAAGAUCCAGGAUGUGAUGGGUCUAUUCGCGCAGCAAUUGGGCAUUAGCGAGCCAUCUAGGAUCGUGCGGGACCUGCAGAGUUUCACGGAUACCUUUUUUUGCACAGCAAUGGAAACCAGUGUCGGUCAAGCUGCUAAGGAAGUCGUGCCAAGAAAUACUACCUGCAUGACGACGGUUUUGGCUCUUAGUGCCUUGAUGGAAACCAGCAACCUACAGAUCCCAGCAGCAAGCAACAAUGUCCGACUCCGAUUGAGAAAAGACGUCGUGGUAAGGCGGCAUAAUUAUCGCUAGUUUGAUUUGAAUUUAAGGACGUUUUGUUUACUAGUAGAACAAGAAUAGGCGUGAAAAUUUUUAUUUGCGUUGAAAAUGUUUAUAAUUCUCCUUCGUCUGCCGGAGGAGAUUCAUCAUUUUACUAGAUGAUCAUCUAAGAUCUGAUCUACUUCCUGAUUCUACUAGACCGAAGAUCUGCUCUACCGUGUCUUCAUCCUAUUCGUUGUCUUGAUAUCUGAACCCUCUGCCUAGCUCUACUUCCUCACAUCAUCAGGUGCAAAGUAAUUUGCGCAAGCUUGUCCGCGACCUGCAGAAGGAGCUCGAUGGCUUUCUCGCUAUUCCGCGCAAUAUUUACCAAGAGUUAAGGCGAGGCCUGAAGGAACGGACGCGCGCACAGGAGAACCUGGAUGUUACGUUUUUGAUCGCGACGAAGACGAAACGCCUCUCAGUACCAAUUUCUCCAGAUCGCUGUCGGUCUGCAGGCAUUGGCACGUUUUUGGGACGCCAUAGGGAGAGGAACAAACGCCUCGCAAAAUUCUACCACGAUUUGGGAUAUCCGAGCUUGUAUUUAUAUAUACUUCACUUUUGUUUUCUUAAAAAAUUAGAGCUUGUAUUUAUAUAUACUUCACUUUUGUUUUCUUAAAAAAUUAGAGCUUGUAUUUAUAUAUACUUCACUUUUGUUUUCUUAAAAAAUUAGAGCUUGUAUUUAUAUAUACUUCACUUUUGUUCUUAAGAUUAGAGCUUGUAUUUAUAUAUACUUCACUUUUGUUCUUAAGAUUAAGUAGUUCUUUCACAUAUUAGGUGUUGCAGUUGUUGCAUUGAGGUUGAGAAAGUACUUCGUUUUAUGCUACUUCUUGUGCUCAUAUCCGUACCUUGUCGUUGUCCCAGCAAACGCUAAGAAAACUCCCCGGCACAUGAUAUGCAUCUUCACUUCACAGGUACGUCGUGAUGCGUCCGGGUGAGGAGGAGUUUCUUAAGCUUACUGAUUGCGUGAUCGGCGACAAGGGUGGGCAUGUUCUCACCAUUGAUUAUGGCGCCAGCUACGAGCCCUUGGCAAACAGCCUCUCGGUCGAUCCCGGGUAUGACGGGAUUUUUGUGCCUCCAAUACCGCACCACUUGAUGGAGGAAUUACCGCACUGUCAUGGAGACUGGACAGUCUGCGCUGGUCGGAUCGACUGGACGACCUUCGUUGAUUUUACAAGUACUAGAAUGUUUGAGUUUGACUUUGAUUUUGGAAAUAUUAAACUCAAUUAGCUUGGAGUUAGAACGGUGUUUCUUCAUCUACAUCUUCUUGUUCAGACAAGUUGCGUCUUCUGCUCUUCUUGUAUAUCGGCUCCUUAUAUUUAUAUAACUACAAUAUUGAAAAAAUAUACAUAAUCACAAUUAUUAGCCUUCAUCAACACUCCUCCACUACACAGACAUGGCAGCUGCUGGACUUGAGCUUGGAUAUGAGACGGUUUGGUAUGGGCCACAGUGCUUUUUAGAGCAGAUGGGAAACCAGAUGGUCGCCCUCGAUCGGGCGACCGAUGAAUCUAGGCUUCUCGCGAACCCCCAGCCUCGAUCUGAGAUCACUCCGGGAUAUAGCACCAUCGAAAACGUCGACUGGGUCAAUAGACAUGCAGUGAAUUUUAUGGAGAUGAAGUCAGUCUCAGUUGUUAGUCGUAGUCAACUGAUGGUCUGUCAACUGAUUAGUCAUACUAUGAUGAAGUCAGUUAAUCAUAGGCAACUGAUGGUCUGUCAACUGAUUAGUCAUACUAUGAUAGGCAACUGAUUCUGAUACUGAUGUUCCGUUUCCGUCUUGUUCUGAGUAGAAGGUGUUAGAAUUUGUACAUGAAGGAAGAACGAGAACAGUAGUACAUGAAGUCAAGCUCCUCUGUUGAAUAAUUGAAGUCAAGGUGUCACAAGAUGAACAAGAUAACUUCCAGAAGUCGACUGAUUCCAAGUCAAGAACAAACAACUGGUUCCAAUUCAACUGAUGGUCUGUUCCCGCCUUUCUCUUACUAGAAGAUGAAGAAAGGUAUUAGUACUUGGCCCCAUUUUGGCUUCCCCCUUCAUCCAUCGGUACGGUCCGGAAAAGGCGGAGCCUUGGCAGCAGCGGUGGACGGGUUUCAAAGCGCUGCUGCAGCGCGUUCCAGCUCGCGAUGCGGAGACCAAAAAGAGAAGCAAAGAGCCAUCCAGCGGACCUGCGUCUGAAGCACUGUCGCUUGCAGCAGCCGCGCGCACACCCCACGCUGCGUCUGUAGCGGUGUCUAAGCGCCGUCUCAGCGAUCCUGUAGAAGCAGCCGUACAAAAGCACCAGAAAAGUCUAACGAUUGGCGCGCAAAUUGCAGGAACAAAAACAAUUGUUGGAGCUAAAAAAGCUUUCGCAGCUGCAGCAAAUAACACUAACACUUCGAGUGCAGCUAGUACGACGGAAUCUCUUACUGCAUCACAAGUUUCAACAACAUCGUCCCCGACCGCUGCAGCAGACGCCAAAGCUCCAGGAGGCAAGAGUCCGAGUACCCUGAACGAGGUGGAUCCGAGUACAUAUUUCGACGUGGUUCCAUUUCCUACCUGGCACCUAGAUUCAACCGAGAAAGAUCCCUGCUGGCUGUUCGACCCGACAAAUAUGCCCAUAGCAGACUGGUCGAGGAUCAAUAGACACGAAACAAACGCGACAACGAGGCAGGUACUACAGCAUCAUAAACGAGACCUCUGCUUUUCCACCAAAAAGGAAAAGCAACUAUGUUGAGAAGAUCAAUUUUAUUUCUCAACAAUAACCUCUACGCAAAAACCUCCAGUACGAUGUCUGCGAUGAUCCAUCAUGUAGUAGAAAUCUCUACAACGCAAAACCCUCUAGUACAAUCAUGUCUGCGAUGAUCUGUAGUAGUACUUCAUGAUCAAUAUCCCAUAAUGUAACAACUACACCGAGAACGACAAUCACUAUUGAAUAGGUUCUAUCAACGUUGAGCGUUGAUGUGGAUCGAAAUUUGGGCGAACGCUACGCAAUGGGUUACGAAGAUGCACAACUGGCAGUGCGCCUGGUUGAUUUCCUAGUGAAGAGCCAAGGUUGCCUUGCAAUGGCACAGCCGACUUCUAUCUUUAUGCCUGGUGGUGAUGUGUGCAAUUAUAUUAUUUUGUGCGAUAUUAUUUUUUUUCGGGUUAUUAUAACCAAAUAAAAUAUAGUUUUUAUAAGUAGCACGACCUUGUUCUAGAAGUCUGAGGGAUCUUCUCCAAGAACACAAACACUAUAACAAUCGCAGUUCCUAAGUAAGGAUGAUAAAGUUAAGUAAGUACUUCUUAGCAAGAAUGGACAUGGAGCAGAUAGAUUAUAGAAGUACAGAUAAUUGCUUGAAGUCUUGCAGAAGAUCAGAUUCUUACAGUAUAUGAAUCUCUAACACCUCACUGAAGUGGAAGCCAUGGAUGCGCCAGCGUUGGGCGGAUGUUUGGCGCGCAGACACAUUGGACAGGGUUGGUCCUGCAGUGAUGAGCAUGUUGCGCUUGGAGGCUUCUGGGGCACCGCGUGGGCGACACUACCCCUUUGAAUGUAUGGCGGCGCAGACCUUCCGAAUCAUGUGUGCAGACGUACUGGUGCCGCAGGAGGCGUAAAUAUAUCGUACAGAAGUGAAGAGUUGAAGACGGAGGAAGGACCACUGUGUUUUUUGACUAAGUUCUUGCGGUUAAGAAAGUGCUUCUUGGCUCUACCUUCUUUCUGCUUGUUCUGGGGAGUAGGCGAGGACCAUGGGGAUAUAUAUAAUUAUAAGAAGCGUGUUCGCUCGCGGCAUCAUCCGCAUGCGCAUGGAAAGUACUUAUAUACAAAUUCAAAACCACCUAGAAAUCAAAGGUCUAAUUCUAACUACAGUCUAAAAUAAAUAAUGUUUCUUCUUGUGCAUGAUUCGUAGUGCAGCUACAGUGCCGUGAUGUGCAUACAUUGUCGAAAGUGACAGGCAUAACAUCAUGCAGCAGUUGUAGUGCUACGCCUUAGAUUAGAAAUAAAGGAUGAAAAUCUUAGAUUGUUGAUAUCGACGGUUGUCAAGAAGAACUUCUUUACAUAUUUUCACCAUUGAGUUCUUCUUGGGUUGUGACUUUCGCUUAAUGUAAGUCGUGACUCCGCAUCAAUUCUAUCUAUCACUAUCAUCUGAUGUUCUUAGUGUUGUAUUUACACUUUGUCUCAAAAACGCACUCAACUUGUGAUUUAUUUCAAAAAAAA